UUUUUUAGUUUCUUUUUUCUGAAAGGGUUAUAUAACCUUGGGGAUUCUAUUAAUAAAAAUAAUGGUUUUGAACUCUGGGAACAACCAGCCCCAGCAAUGAGCAAGGAAACGCUCCAAGUUCAGAACACAGCAGUGGGGAGGAAUAGUAGCCCGGGAUACAGAGAGGAUUCCCUGCCUGCAGCCAGAUUUGUGGCAUCUGCCUGUCCCUCCUGCCAGCACCUCCAUCCCUGUGCCCAGGGAAGAGGAGAGAAGGUGGGAGGGGAUUGUUUCAGCCCCAGCGUGGUCUGCAGCCUGUGGAUGUGGUGUGGGUGGGCGCCUCUCAUCCUCCUGCAGCCAUUCCCGAGCAGCCUGAGAUGAACCCCAGGCUGUAUCCAGUGCAAAAGUGUGGCAAGAGCAGCAGGUGAACAUCCCCUGAACAUCAGCCCAAAGCAUUGCCCUGGAUGGGAUCCAGAGGCUGCACGUGUUCCUCACAAGCAGGAUUUGGAAGGUGCUCGUGGUUCUCACAGGCAGCAUCCCAGCAAAGCUUGUUGUCCCCGUGGAAUGUUCUUUGUUCCCACAGGUGGGACACCAGGGAUGCUUCUGUGGACGCUGAUUCCACAGGGUGGGUCAGAGAGGUUAGAGGAACUGGGGUUAAAGAGACAUGGCUGAGGCUCCAGAGUAAAACAGGGGAUGCUGGUGUGUGUGCAGUGUGAGUUUAGGGUCAUGAGCUGAGGUCAUGUUCCCUCCGGUCAGUGUCCAAAAGCUUUCUCUUGCAAUGUAGGGGGUCAUUCUCUUUUUAAUCCCUAAGGAGCUGGCAAGCUAUUUAAAGGGUUUUCUAUAAAAAUUAAGAGAGUUUGAAGCUAAGAUGGCAGUUAGAGAAAACUGAGACAUAACCUAAAUCAGGGCAUUUGGAGGCAAAAAUCCCACAGUCAUUGGGAUGUGUUUGAGUGUCCAGUUGUUUCCCUUUAAUUUCAAAAUAUUCAAAACCUCAUUUUUCAGGAUGAACAUUACUUUGGGUUUAUUGUGUUUCCCCCUUUGCCAUGUGGGAUCACCAACUUAUUUUUCAGAAAGCCUUAACACCGCUCUCAGCAGUGGCCUGGGGUUUGGUCUGGUUUGUUUGGGACUUUAUUUUUUUUUUUCCCUUUGAAUCUCCCUUACUUGAGUUGUCAUAGCCAGACAGCCUUGUGCCAGGAACAAGCUGUCAUCCUGGAACUCAUAUAUUUAAUUCCUUCCCUCUGAUACUAAUAACACCUUAAGAUGAUUAACUGGGGAAAAAAAUGUAGUAUUUUUGUGCUGUUUGGAUGCUGGUCACUGGCUCUGAGCACUUCAUUCAUCUUGGGGAGUAAAACUGGAGUGGUCAGCCCUCUCCUCCUGCAGGGCUCUCCUUGGGUUUAGUUUCUGGAUUUGAUUUGCUGAAUAUCCAUGACUCUGUGUUGUCCAAAUGCUUUUCUUGACAGUUUAAGAUGCAGUGGGGAUGACAAGCCCCCUCCCACAGCAUCCCUUGGCUGGGAGGCCACCCUGCAGCUCUCCCUGCUCACAUCCCCUUUGGGAUGUUCCUUUGGGAACAGCCUGGGCAGAAUUCCCAUGCUGGCAGUGCCAGGACAGUGUCUCUGUGUGGAGACACAGGAGAGUGCACAGACACCCCGUCCUGUCCAUACCUCACUGCCAGCCAUGGCUGGGCACGCAGCACCGCGCUGUGAGGACGUGGUUUCCUAUCAGCAUGAGCUUAUUUCUAUUUUUUUUAAAGAUGUUUUUGGUCUGGGACUUGUUCAAGGCCUGUUUUUGCUUCCCAGGGUUCCACUUACCCAGGCACAAUGGUGCCAGCCCGGCUGAUGCUUCCUGCCAGGCUGCUUACCCUCUGUGUUGGGCAGCAGCUUCCACACCUUUUUGCUCAUCUAGGAAAUAAAGUUCUGGAUAAAAUGACACAGCAUGCAGUGUAAAUCCCUGUAAAUCCCUAGAUGUGGAGUUUUAUGUUGGUGUGUUUGUGGGUAGCAUCCUAGGGUUGCGCUGAGCUGGUCAGAGGAAAUAGGAGACAGCAGAAAAUUGGGAAAAACACCUCUUUUAGCUUAAAUUCUCCAUGGAUUAGUGGGUCCUGCCGUCUGAUCUCAGAGUGGCUUGAUGUUGGUUUAGGAUUUUAGGUCCUGCUUAGAUCAUCACUCACAGGGCUCUGGGAGGUGUCAGACAUUUCAUUUGGGUUUCCAGGUGCCUCAGUUUCCCCAGCAGAUGAAUAAAUCACCCCUUCCCUCACCGCUGUUUGGCAGGUUGGGGACAGCACCUUCUGCAGGUGUCACAGGACUGGGGUGACCCAGGACAGGUCCCUUGGGCCCCGAUGCCAGUGGUGGCUCUGUGCUGGCUGUGGCACAGCAGGGUCCCAGCUCUCCUUGCUUCCUGCACAGCUCAGGGGUUUAGUGGGAUGAGUCUGGGGCUUUGGGAGUGUGCUUGGAACAGGCUCCUCAGCCCUUCACUCCUGAGUGGGGAGAGAGAAGUGACUUGAAGAAAGAAGGGAGCAAUGGGGCAGAGGAAAGCUGCUGGUCCCUGCCUGAUGUAAGCUGUGUGCUCCUGGCAUCCCCAUGCUCCCAGUGUCCCUGUGGUGCCCGUGCUACAGCAUCCUGGGCACAAGGAACCCCCAGUGCUGCCUGCUCACCUUCUCCUCCUCCCCUCGUGCAGGAAUUGCGGCUGAGCCGGGGACGAUGACUGCGGAGAGCACCGAAUCGAACGGGCCCAUGCGGGAACUGGAGCAGGGGGGAGCCAAGGUGCCGCUGCCCCCCGUCCCCCCGCGGCACCGGGGCCGCCGCCUGCGGCGCAAGCCCCCGACGGAGCCCCCUCUGAAGGGGCAGCUGCGCAUGCGCUCACCAGCAGGAGCCUUCGUCAUGGUGGGCAUCUUGGUGGUCCUGGUGGGCAUGACCAUUGCCGUGGUGGGCUACUGGCCUCACCGGGGACCUGGGGGCACCGGGGCCACUGCAGGGAACACCAGUGCGGCGGGGGACAUGAGGAGGGAAGUAGCGGGCGGACGCCACGUGCCCCACAGCGAGAAGCUGAAGCUGAUCGGCCCCGUCAUCAUGGGCAUUGGGCUCUUCAUCUUCAUCUGUGCCAACACGAUGCUGUACGAGAACAGGGACAUGGAGACCCGGCGGCUGAUCCAGAAGGGGCUCUACGGCAUGGCAGUGGGGCUGCCCGAGGGGCCCGGCCCCAAGGAUGGGCACUGCCAGCCUGGGGACAGCCAGCCCUUCCCCAAGGCCAACGCCGAGUGUGUGGAGGGCUGUUACCAGGUGGAUCUGUCCUGUCAGCCCGGCCCCGGCAGCAAGUGGUCUGACUGCUACGGCCCUAACCGGCUGCAGACCAUGGCCGAGUUCCUGCAGCACCCAGCAGCUUCCCCCGCGGCCUCCCUGCACAGCCUCCGCUCCACCGAGGUCAACCUGAGCCUCCCGUGCCGCGCUGGAGCCGAGUCCCUCCUGUCCUCGGCCGUGGGGGCCUUGGCACUGCCCAUCAUCAAGCUCAACAACUGCUUGCUGGAUGGAGCAAGGCAGGGUGCCGGAGGGAGGGCAGAGAGGGGCCUUGCUGAGCAUCCCCCCAAAAUGCCACAGCUCUCCCCGGCUCUGCUUUCCAUCGGCGCCAGCACCGCGGCCUGUGGCCAGGAUGGCAGUGGUGGUGAUGGCCACGUUGUUAUCAGCAUGGACCAUGACAGCAGCCCCGGUGCAGAGCUCAGCCCCAACGUGCACCUCCACACCCCGGGACACUCCAAAUCCCUGGACCUUGGCCAGCCAGGAGUGCUUCUGGUGGCCCCCAUCAAGGACCGUAAGAACCGGAGCUGGCCCCGACUGGACCACGUCAGCCUUGUGGGCUACGCCAAACUGGAAAGUACCGGCGAGUCCUCGGACCGGCUGCUGGAGCCCAGCGAGCCCCCAAGCCGGGGCGAGCCCCAGCCCAGCUCCUGGGUGGUGGGGAUGGAGCAUGGCACACGGGUCUGAUGUCCCUUUGGGGACUGUAACGUCCCAGCCUGUUAUCCUGGCCCCCAGUGCCCACCUGCCACCCCAAAACCCCACAGCAGGAGGGGUUUGGGGGCAGCAUUUUUAAGCCAAUGCCAAGAGGAAGGUUGUGACCCUCCGCUCCUGGGGGAGGACUCGCCUAGGGGGUGGGAUGUCCUUCCCAGUGGAUGCCCUUGGCCUUACAAGCCCUUCUCCUGGUGGCUUUUCCAGAGGAGUCCUCGCUUUGAGACCCCACACGAAUUGUGGGAUGGGGACAUGCAGGCAGGUGAAGCCCCACCAGUCCCCACAGCACUUUAUUUCAGCAGGGUUGGGGUGGGGAGAUGCUUUGGGGGGUGGUGUCCCCUUGUCCAGCCUCAACCCACCAGAAAAUUUGCUUGGCCAGAGCACGUAAGCCCAACAGGGCUAUUAAAUAUUAUCUGGAUGCCAUCUGGUCCUGCCUUGACUCCUCCUAAUGCCUGUGGGAUGCUUGGGAGGGACAGCACUUGUGGCAUUCACGUCAGCUUCUGAGGCUCCUUGGUAAUUUUGGGUUUACAGGACACUGAGGUUUUGUAGUUGGAAGCAAACUGUUCAGGGUCAGGGUAGAAGAGGUGAUGGCUGUGUCUGCAGCAAUGCUAACUCAGAGCUUUUAGCACAACAUGCCAUGUGCCACCCUUCUCUUUCUGCCUGUGAGGGAAACUGAGGCACAGGCAGGGACCACAGCCAGCCCCUGGGCUGCCCCUGCCCCCAGGAAAGCUCUUCCCAGCCACUUUCCAGUCUCCCUUACUGGAGGGUCAUCUGGCUCUUGUUUCUGUCAGACCUGCAGCCAAGAUGCCCUGUCACCUUUUCGUGCCUUAUUUCUGUCCCUCCUGAAGCUGCUGCAGCCAGAAAAAAAUGAGACAGGACCAAAAUACCGCUGGAUUUGUCAUUUUCCCCCACUCCAGUUGAGUCACACUCACUUAGGGUUGGGCAGCAGCUGCUGAGCAGAGCUCACCUGGGCUCACCACAAAUUCCACAACUCAAAGGAAGGUUUUAUAUCAAGUGAUGCUUCUUUGGGGCAAAUUUGAACUCUGGGAAUUGCUUCUGGCUCUUUUGGGGGCCAUGGUCCUGCAUGUGACCACAACGGGAAUUGUGUAAAAGGUCUGAAGGGACCAAGAGCCCAGAGAAAUGCUGGCCCAAGACUGGGAGAGCUUUGGCAGCCCAAAUUUGGGGGCUUGGGUCUAGGCUGGUGAAACCAAGUCAUCACAUCACCAGGGUAAGGAGAGAGACCUGGAGGAAGGUGAGAAGGAGGAACAGAAUUCAGCACCGGGGAGAGUUUUGUUUGAAAAUUUAUUGAAAAAUGCAAUACAAGAAGCAAUACUGAACACUUAGGUCUGCCUAAAUGCUAUGGCAACUUUCCCUUUGAUUCGCUAUGAAAAUCCAAAGUAACAGCUCCCAUCACUAGUUGAUCCAGAAAGUUUUGCCAACUUUAAAAGUUCCUAUUUUUAUAAAGAGUGUAAAUACCUAACCUAGACAAUUCACAAUUGCCUUAAAAAAAA